AUGGUGGAAGCAAAGGUUCAAGAAGACAUGAGUGAUGUAAUGCAAUGCAUAAACCAUCCAUUCACAAAGAACCCAGGUGGGAUCUGUCCUCUCUGUCUCCAAGAAAAGCUCGGGAAACUCGUCACUUCCUCUUUCCCUCUCCCUAACCACCUCUCUUCCUCUUCUUCCACUUCCUCUCCUUCCUUCAGAUCUGACUCUGUUCGUAGCUCCACCGUCUCCGCCGCAAAUCUCUCCCUCUCCGUCGCCGGAGCCAGUAAUAAUGUCACUGACAUUAACAACAAGAACAAGCUUCCGUUUUUGCUGGCGAACAAGAAGAAGAAGAUGGCGAAUAUCGUCUAUAAGAGAAGCCAGUCCACGACCGCGUACGGUGGUUCCGAUUUGACGCCGAGAAAGAGGAACGGGUUUUGGUCUUUUUUGCAUAUUCACUCUUACAAACAACAUAGCAGCAGCAGCAAGAAAAUGGGAAACUUUCAGACAAAACAUACUGAAAAGGCUUUGUCGGAAACAGAGACAAGGACGGUCGGAACUUCGGGGUCAAAGAGAGUGAAUGGAGGUGAGAGUAGUAAGAGAGACGGCAUUGAUGUGAUUGUAGAGGAAGAUGUUGUUACGACAGUGACAGGGAGCGAGAGGAGAGUGUCGAGAUCGAGAUCUGUCGGGUGUGGAAGCAGAAGCUUCUCUGGGGAGUUUUUUGAGAGGAUCACACAUGGGUUUGGAGAUUGUACUUUGAGAAGAGUUGAGUCACAAAGAGAAGGUAACAACAAUAAAGGUAAGGUUAGUAGUAAUAGUAGUAGCAAUGUUUGUGUGAGGGAUCAGAUUGUGAGAUGUGGUGGGAUCUUUAGACCACCUCCAUCGGGAGGUUCAGGAGGGGUGUCUUAAAGAAAAAAGCCCAAAAAAUAAAUCAAAAAUGCAAUUAAAGUGUAGAACCGCUGUCUUAUAUAGAGGUUUGAGAAUUAGUAAAAACCCCUUACGUGUCACCUCUAUGUUGCUUCCACGCUUUCACACGAAGGGAAAAAAAAACCUCUUUUUUUGUUGGUCUCUCUCUCUCUUCUUCGACAUUAUCAAACUUCAAUCCGUUCUCUCUCAACGAUGAAUCGAUGUUGAUUCAGUCGAAAUCUCCAUCGGAGAUCAAGUUUGAUCCGUUGCUUCGUCGUUGCUUCUGUCGCUCUCUUCUUCGAGUUGUCCAGAGGCGUUGAUUCGGUUGGUCUCUCUCGCCGUCGUCGAUUCUGUUGAAAUCUCCAAUGGAGAUGAUGUUUGUUGCUUUUCUUUAGUCAUCGAUGUUCUCUUCCAAUUUCAGUUUCGUCCAUUCCAUCAACGUGAAGGUUCGGAUUAUGUUAUUUUGCCCGUGAAUUCAGUUCCUGGAUUAGAACAUAAAUAAUUUUGUUUUCAAGAUUUUCUUUUAUGUAUGUUUUUAUUUUAAAUCAUUUUACUUAAAAAGAAAAAUUAAAAUUAAGAACCUCUAUGAG